AUGGGAGCACCCAUGAAUGUAUUGGAACCCCUGGAGUCCCUCGCCGACUUUGGGGCUGCUGGCAAUGAACAUCAGGAUCAGUUACAGCAGCUCUCAGAGAGCUCUUAUAGCAGAUCGGAGUCCAGUUUCACAGGAAAUGAUUCGUUAGGCGAGGACUCGACUGGGGGGUUGGAUACCACCCCCAAGAUUGGUGCUAGAUUCUCUCGAGAGGCACUUCGGAUUCUUAGGAACUGGCUCUUAUCCAACCAUCGUCACCCUUAUCCCAAUAAUGAAGAAAAAGAAAAUCUUGCUCGUCAGACGGGCCUGAACAAAACGCAAAUCAGUACUUGGGUCGCCAACGCACGCCGCCGAGGAAAAGUACGAGCUCCUCGGUCUACCUCAUCAAGUCCGGGCCAACUCAACAACGCUAUCGACAUUCCUCAAAAGAAGACUACAAUGACGAGGGGCAUGAGUCCCAUGGAGCGAUGGAGACACUCUCCUCCGGAUCAGGAACCUGCUUCCAUCACUGCCAUCGCUUCUGCAGUCUCAUCUGCAGGGUUCCCAGAUGGAACUGGCGCUGCGUCAGCCAAUUACAAGGAUAUGGAUGAUAGGCUGCCGGGCUCUAUCGAUCGCCUCUCGUCCGCUGGCAGUUCAAAAACAUCGCAUUCAGGUAACGAAUCGCAGAGCUCGGCUAUUUCUCACAAAUCUCGCGAGUCUUUGGAGUCUCUCUACUCGUUGAAAAGCCGCGGAAGACGGCGCCGGCGCCGCCAGAUCCCCAAGGCCGUUGAUAUUUCCACCAUACUUCCGUCCGUCCAUAAAUACCAGUGUACAUUCUGCACCGAAACGUUUAAAACAAAGCAUGAUUGGCAAAGACACGAAAAAUCGCUGCAUUUAUCCCUUGAACAGUGGAAUCCUUCGCCGGAGCAUGCCGAACAGCACAAUGACUUUGUGUGCCAUGGAAGACCAGACGCAGAAAAGACCUUUUUCAGGAAAGAUCACUUGCGCCAGCAUCUAAGCAUCGUUCACGAUGCCAAGUUCCAAAAAUGGCCAAUGAGUGAUUGGAAAGUAGACACACCGGCUGUACGAUCCAGAUGUGGCUUUUGUGGCAUCAUAUUGUAUUCUUGGGACUCACGUGUUGGCCAUCUUGCUCAGCAUUUCAAAAUGGGGAAAUCCAUGGCAGAUUGGAAGGGUGACUGGGGAUUCCAGGGAGAGAUCCUGAAGAUUGUCGAAAAUGGAAUGCCACCUUAUCUCAUCCACCAUGAACGGAAUACUCUUGACCCGUUCGAAGCUUCCAAAGAUGAAGUAAGACACGGCAAAACAUUGGAAGAUCAUGUUAAACUGUGGUUGAUUGACUAUAUCAACAAGCGGACCGUGGCGGGCAUGGCGGCCACAGAUGACCAGCUACUCAUUGAAGCGCAGAGAGUUGUACAGAAAGUUGAUACGGAAGAUACUUCGCUUUCAGGGCCUGACAUCUCUUGGUUUCGCGAUCUUAUCAUGCUCCACAAGCCGUCUAAUCAUAUGACACAGGAGGAACUCUACCGUGCAUCUGGGAUUACGAGCUGGACAUCACAGAUAGAGAAGAUGAAGACAUCCAAGACUACACAUGCCGACAUGAGCACGGUUGGAGACGAAAAGGAAAAGCUUUUGUUGCGAUAUGUCAAGUCCAGACAGGCCGCAGGCCAAACACCCACGGAUGCUGAGCUGCAAUUUCAAGCAUGCAAAAUCCUAGAUGACGUUGAACCAAAGUCCAAUUUUAAAUGCAAAGAGGCCGUUCAAUGGUUCAAAUUCCUGAUCAAUUCUUCGUCCGACUGGCUUUCAGCCUUCAAACGCCGCGCGGGCCUCCUCUCAAAUGCCGACACAUUAUAUGGACAUAUGCAACCAGGUGUUCAAGACAUCAUAACCAACGGCGAGCAUCAUCUCUCAGUGCUGCAACAAGACUCAUUAGGUGGUAUCAGUGCAUCACAGAUUCCCGGCACAGUAAUACUGGGGGGUGAAAUGCAAUUCGAAUCGAAUGUCAUCAUACCUGGUGAUGGCAAUCAGACCAUCUUGGGUGAACUGAGCGACCUUGGUGCCUCCGAAGAGCAUAAUGAUCUCCUGGUUUCGCUUGAUGAUACCCUAAUAGCAGCUCACGAGUCAGGAGACUUGACCUCAACCCAUCGGGCCAAAGACACCAAAACUGCUGCCUCCCCAUCUCCCAAAGCAUUACACUGGGGCGUCCCAGAUGAAGCUAUUGGUUGCACAUCGCCUAUGGAUACGAACGAUUAUCUACCAGGCCUUACGGAAACGCCGCACUCUGCCAACUCGCACCCCUCACACCACCAACCAUUACGGUAUUUCUUGAGCGACGCCAACUGUUAUGGGAGGUUGGAAAAAGAACUCACCCGAUUUGUAACAAGCUGUCUAAGCUCAAAUAACCCACUGCAACACGUUCCUACCGACGAAGAAAUCCAGUAUCAAGCUCGCUGGAUAAUUUAUGACGAUGACGACCCAUGGAAUCAAACUGCUGCGGAUAAUGUCGAGUGGCUGGCUCGCUUCAAGCGUGAUGUCGGUAUUACUGCUGCGGACAACGCGAACGGUUUACCAUUGAACGGGCCUCCUCGACCAUGGAGAGUGACGGACGGUGGAACGGGAUUGACGCCGCCGUAUCUCAAACCAAAGCCUGGCAAAGUAAUAGAAGUUGCCGAUGAAGCGUCUGUACUUAUUGAUCACCGAUUCUACAACGUCAACAAAGACACGGCCGAGCGCUAUGUCCGCGCCCUCUGUGAGGGAGAAUACCAAUUUCCUCCUUCUGUUUUUUGCUCACGCGAACUCGAGGACGGCCUGAACGCCUAUAUUGAAGAUUGCAUGAAGAACCUUUAUGUUCCUUCGGACGAUGACUUACGCGCCAAAGCACGCGAAAUACUAGGCGUUGAGCGCACUGCGGCUGAUGAUCCGAAGCUGCUGGAGACUUUUAAAGCAAUGCAUGUGCUCUGGCACACAACAAACAACGACUUUAUCCCAGAUGCUCAUCCGAAUAACAAUACUCUUGAUUUCAUGGACGGCGUGAAUGUGUUAACUUCCGAUCCGGACCAAAUGAAUGCUUUUGAUCUCAAUGCCGAAUUCUCAACGAGAUUAGGGGUCUAA